CGCCACUGGUCUGGCAGUGAUGUAAAAAGUUAGCGCACUUCUUGGGAAGCUGCUUUCAUGGUGUACCCUGCCAGUAUUGGUGUGAUGUGUGCUUGCAGGCUGGAACACAUUUCUGCAUCCUUACAGAGUGUUCUAAACAUCACAUGUUGGUUAUUGCUUUCAGCAUUACUCACAGAUUUGUGUGAAACGUGUCUGCUGAAAGUGAGAGUGAGCUGCUGGACUCUCCGGCAGAGACAGCAGCACGCUGACUGCAGCCAUGAUGAUGCGGCUGCGGCGGGCGGAGUCUGCUGCUGGCCUGAGCCCUUCUCUUUCAGUCUGGCUGGCUUGCUGUCCUGUCAUCGGCCUGGGUGUGGUUUUUUUUUCUUUUCUCUUUCUCUUUUUUUGGUGUGCAGUCGGGGGUACCGUUAGCAGGAAAUCAAGCGCCAGUUCAUUUUCACUUUAAGGGCGAAACAAAGAAGAAAAAAAAAAAACCUCUCUCAGUCUCUGACGAGCAAGUCAGGUCGAAAAGGGGGGCAGUUGUUCGUGCUCGUAGCUAGAAGUACCGUUAGCUUCCUGGAGACGGGAGGGCGUUAGAUUGGCGCCGUUGUUCUGAUGGGAAAAAAGUUUUCUGCUCUCUCGCUGACUGUUCUUAUUUAACGAGUUUUUUUGUUUUGUUUGUAAAAUUUAAAAAAAAAAGGAGAAGCUGAACCGGACGUGAAAGGAAGCAAAGAUGCCUAAAACGAUUAGUGUAAGAGUCACCACGAUGGAUGCCGAACUGGAGUUCGCCAUUCAGCCAAAUACAACAGGAAAGCAACUCUUUGACCAGGUUGUGAAAACCAUCGGGCUGCGGGAGGUGUGGUACUUUGGACUCCAGUACCAGGAUACGAAGGGUUUCUCUACAUGGCUCAAGCUGAAUAAGAAGGUGACAGCCCAGGAUGUGAGGAAGGAAAGCCCGCUGCUGUUUAAGUUUCGUGCCAAGUUCUUCCCUGAGGAUGUGUCAGAAGAGUUAAUCCAGGAUGCCACACAGCGGCUGUUCUUCCUGCAGGUGAAAGAGGGAAUCUUGAAUGACGACAUCUACUGCCCUCCAGAGACGGCAGUCCUCCUUGCCUCCUACGCGGUGCAGGCCAAGUACGGCGACUACAACAAGGAAGUCCACACCCCAGGCUAUCUGUCCAGCGAACAGCUGCUCCCUCAGAGAGUUCUGGACCAGCACAAACUCAACAAGGACCAGUGGGAGGAGAGGAUUCAAGUGUGGCACGAAGAACACAAGGGCAUGAUGAGAGAGGAAUCCAUGAUGGAGUAUCUGAAGAUUGCUCAAGAUCUCGAGAUGUACGGAGUCAACUACUUCAACAUCAAGAAUAAGAAAGGAACAGAGCUGUGGUUGGGAGUUGACGCUUUGGGGCUCAACAUUUAUGAACAAAAUGACAAAAUGACUCCCAAAAUUGGAUUUCCAUGGAGUGAAAUCAGGAACAUUUCCUUUAAUGACAAGAAGUUUGUCAUUAAACCAAUUGACAAGAAAGCACCUGACUUUGUUUUCUACGCUCCAAGACUGCGCAUCAACAAGCGCAUCCUGGCUCUUUGCAUGGGCAACCAUGAGCUGUACAUGCGCCGCCGCAAACCCGACACCAUCGAGGUGCAGCAGAUGAAGGCUCAGGCUCGGGAGGAGAAGAACCACAAGAAGAUGGAGCGAGCUCUGCUGGAGAACGAAAAGAGGAAAAGAGAGGUUGCUGAAAAGGAAAAGGAGAAGAUUGAAAGGGAAAAGGAAGAAUUGAUGGAGAGAUUAAAGCAGAUUGAGGAGCAAACGAAGAAAGCCCAACACGAGCUGGAGGAGCAAACACAGAAGGCUCUGGAGUUGGAGCUGGAGAGGAAGAGGGCUCAGGAGGAGGCUGAACGCCUGGAGGCUGAUCUGAGGAGUGCUGAGGACUCCAAGGUGGCACUGCUGCAACAGUCAGAGAGCCAGAUGAAGAACCAGGAACAUCUGGCCACAGAGUUGGCUGAACUCACUUCGAAGAUUUCCCUCCUGGAGGAUGCCAAGAAGAAGAAGGAAGAUGAGGCGAUGCAGUGGCAAGAGAAGGCUACCAUGGUGCAGGAGGACCUGGAGAAGACCAAAGAGGAGCUCAAGAACAAAGUGAUGGUGGCUCACGUCCAGGAGCCCCUCAACGCAGAGAACGAGCACGACGAGAACGACGAGGAAAAUGCCGAGGCCAGCGCCGAGUUCACAGACGCCGCCACGUACAAGGAUCGCAGCGAAGAGGAGCGCAUGACUGAGGCUGAGAAGAACGAACGUCUGCAGAAACAUCUACUUGCUCUAAGCUCAGAGUUGGCCAACGCUCGGGACGAGACCAAGAAAACAGUGAAUGACAUGAUCCACGCAGAGAACAUGAAGGCAGGACGAGACAAGUACAAGACCCUCAGACAGAUCCGGUCAGGAAACACCAAACAGCGCAUCGAUGAGUUCGAAUGCAUGUGAUGUCUGCGUUCACUAUCGCAAAAGCCCACACGGCUGGGCCUUUCUGCCUGGACUGCAGUCCUGCCUCACUCAAGCUGUUUCCUCUGUUUCCCAAAUAAAUCAGAGCCACGACAUGACGUGGUCGCACAAGCACAGCACAAUGUACAAAUAUGGAUCGGGAAAACUCCAUUUGUUAUCAUUCCUAACUUUGAAUUUAGGCGAGUCACUGGUUGAAAAGGGACAUACUGUAUUUUAUUAGUUCAUUCCUCGCAAGGGGUUUGUGUAGCAUAUUAGUUACGGGCUCAGGCCUCAUUUAAUUUCAUGACACAUUGAGUAAGCAUUUUGACUUUCUUUAUGUUUUUUUGUCACAUUUUUUUUUUUGGGCCAUGAUUUCAAAAAACAAAAGGCUAAAAAUUUCUCUUUUCCUGUAGACACAUGCACACAUUCUUUACAGCAAGCUGGAUUUUCAGACAGUAAGAUUCAUCUAGUGGUCCGUUUCCAAUACUCUUAAAGCCAAAUGCACUGUAAUCUUCAUAAGCGAUUACAUUUAAUAUGACCCUGAACUGUCUAUGUGGAGCAUCAACAGAGCAGUAUUAUUUUUUACUCUUCAUUUGACUGUAACUGUUAAGGAUCGCACAGUAUUUUCACCGCACUCAAAAGGUGAUAUGAAGGAUCAAGUUUAAUUUCUGGUGUUUGAAAAGCAUUUUAAUAACUAGCUAGACUGUUUAUCUACACUGAAUGUCAUCAAUUCAAUACAGCAUUCAGCUAAAAAAACUUACAUAACUUUUUGAUGCUGAUUGUACUGUUCCUUCAAGAAUUGUAAUCCUCCGCUUUUUACUCCGCUCAUCAACAAGGAUGUUGUUUGAUAAUCGAAUGCAGAUUUUGUGCGUUGAUAUAACCAGUACAGAAUAAGGAAUUACACUGUAAUUAUCAUGUCAAGUUGGCUUUUUGUUGGAAAAAAACAGAAUCCCAAUAAAGUCGUCUGCAAAGGAAAAAGUCGUAGUUUAAUCUUAGAUGCUUUUCCACAAAAUCCACGUAGAAUUUGAUGCAUAAAAUAGAAUAAUUUCAUCAAACAUGCACUGGACAACCAUAGCUUACUUUUGCAAAAAAAAAAAAAAAAAAAAACAAGUCAAAAGAGACUUACCGCCCUCGAUGGGUGCCAUUUCCAAUGCAUGCAUUUUUGAUAUACUGUAUGUAUUUAAUUACAUUUGUGUAUUUUGUAAUUUGGAUUUUUCAGAUGUGAUAAAAGUGUGUAAGGUGAAAGAUAGACACCGCUUAGGAUAUUUUUGUAUUAUAAAUCUAGAAGUACUCGUCAAAGAUAGCAGUUUUUGCUCAGAGAGAAGAGCGUUUUGAAAACAGUGUUGUGUCGUAGACUAAUUGAACAGCUCGCGGCUGUGAUAGAAAAGCUGAUGGAACAAGCAACACCCCGAACCCUGUGACAGGACCACUGAAAAGCCAGAUGCUACUUCGUGAUGCUAAUUCUGUUCGUGUUGCAUUUACGCCGGGCCAAAACAUUUUUUCAAAGAAACGGACAUGACGUCCGUCCUAGUGCCAUUAUUCCAGACGCCACACUCCGCUUAAAGGGUUUUGCUUGUUCUCAGAUAUUUAGAAAUUCGUGUUUGAAAGAUUUAUUUACACUAUUUUGCAAGUUCAAAGUGAAUGUAUUUUAGUGAUAAAUAUUUCUUAUUUUAUUUUGAUUUCUCUGAACAUUUGUCAUUUGUACCGAGAUGCAUUUUGAUAUACAGUAUUCUCGCCCAUCGCUGCGUUAUAGUUCGUGUGUGUCUGCCAUGAAAAAAAAAAAAUGCAGCCGUUGCUAUUUUGGAUACCUUUCCAUGCCUUUCACAAAUAACUUUUAUAAUGCUGCAUUGUAUGUUCUACCUGAAGCACCACGUGUUUGACAGCCUUCUGUUAAAGACCGAUUUGGACUCAAGUCAUCAUGUGUGAAAGAAAUGUAUACAAAGAUGCUACUCAAUAUUUUGUCUCGAAUCAAAAAAACGACUGAUUAGAAUUGUAAUUUGACAGACAGUGCCUUGGCCGGGUCAGAUCUUGCUGCUUCAAGUCUUCCUUUCACCAAUGAAUAAAAAUCAAAUUAAACUGUA